AUGAGAACACUGACGGAAAAUGAAGAGGUUACAUCGCUAGUGGACUCUGCUUGGAACCACAACCCGCUAGAGACUGUGAUAGCAAAACUCAAUGCUUGUCGGAAAAGCAUUAUCAAGUGGACUAAGGAGAGAAAUAGCAAGAGUAACCAGUGCAUUACUGAAGCGCAAAAGGACCUGGAGGGCCUUCUAUCGGCGGCGGCACCAGACUUACCUCGUAUUGAGGCUGUGAACAAAGUGCUUAGUGAUGCAUACAAGGAGGAAGAAGCUUACUGGAGACAAAGGAGCCGCAUACAAUGGUUAAAGAAUGGCGACAGAAAUACAGGAUUCUUCCAUGCUGCUACCAGGCAAAGAAGAAGGCAAAACUCUUUCUCGGUGCUAGAGGAUGACCAGGGUGUAGCAGUUUACGAGGAGGAAAAGAUCGCAGGUGUGGUUGCACGGUACUAUACUGAUCUGUUCAAAACAAACGGCAACCACGACUUCUCCAUUGUGGACACAGUGAUUGAACAGAAGAUAUCCCCGGAGAUGAAUAGCUUCCUUACCGCCAUACCGACUUCUGCGGAGAUAAGAGAGGCUAUGUUUCCCGAGAUAUUCGGGCCUUCUUUGAGACGGGAGUCCUCCACCCACAACAAAAUGAGACACCCGAAGGUUACAGCUCCUCGAAAGGUGGCGGACUAUAGGCCCAUAGCACUUUGUAAUUCUCAUUACAAAAUCAUAGCCAAGAUACUCACUAGGAGACUGAAGCCGUUGCUGUCCAACCUGAUUUCACCAACUCAAUCUGCCUUCGUGGCGGGUAGAGCGAUCACCGACAACGUACUCAUCACCCAUGAGACCCUACACUUCCUUCGUACCUCCGACGCAAAGAAGUAUUGCUCCAUGGCCAUUAAAACGGACAUGAGUAAAGCUUACGACAGGAUUGAGUGGGGUUUCCUAAAGGCGGUUCUCUCCAAGUUCGGCUUUGAUGAUACGUUUAUCUCUUGGGUUAUGGCUUGUGUGGAAACGGUCUCUUAUUCUUUUCUCAUUAAUGGCUCACCGCGUGAACAAGUCUCCCCGUCGCGAGGUCUACGCCAAGGAGACCCACUAUCACCUUACCUCUUUAUCUUGUGUACUGAACUGCUUGCAGGAUUGUGUGCGAAAGCACAGAUGAGAGGGAAGCUUAGAGGUAUACGGGUAGCAAGGGGAUGCCCACUGAUAACUCAUUUGCUGUUCGCGGACGACACGAUGUUCUUCUGCAAAUCGAGCCCGGACUGUGUUGCUGCCCUACAAGAUAUCAUCCGAUCGUAUGAAAGUGUAUCUGGCCAACAGAUUAAUUAUGCUAAGUCGGCGAUCACGUUUUCAGCAAAAACACCCACUGAGGUCAAGACCAGAGUUAAGCGAGAGUUGGGGAUUGAUGCGGAAGGAGGGAUCGGCAAGUACCUAGGACUGCCGGAGUUGUUCGGGCGCAAAAAGAGAGACAUCUUUGCAGCUAUCUUGGACAGGAUAAGACAGCGGAUAAGGCACUGGUCCACUAAAUUUCUAUCGGGAGCUGGGAAACAAGUCCUCCUCAAAGCGGUUCUCGCUGCAAUGCCAUGUUACGCUAUGUCCUGUUUUAAGCUGCCCGCGUCGCUAUGCAAGCAAAUCCAAUCGCUGUUAACUCGUUUCUGGUGGGAUGCUUCUCCGGAGAAGAGAAAGAUGUGCUGGGUGGCGUGGUCAACUCUCACCCUUCCCAAAAGAGAAGGCGGACUUGGAUUCCGUGAUCUAGAGACCUUCAACGACGCCCUCCUUGCUCGUAUUGGAUGGAGGCUUAUACGCAACCCCACCUCUCUCGUUGCACAGGUUCUAUUGGGGAAAUAUUGUAAGACGUCCACCUUUUGGGAAUGCUCUGCUCCAUCAGAAGCCUCCCACGGGUGGCGGAGUGUCUUGGCAGGACGAGAGGUUUUAAGACAAGGAGUUGGAUGGGAAGUCGGGAACGGGGCUUCCAUACCUGUUUGGGGUGAACCGUGGCUCUCGCUAGUCUCUCCCAUAGCUCCGAUAGGCCCCCCAACAGAGGCUUCUAAGAGUUUGAUGGUUAGCGACCUCCUCUGUUCUCUUACUAACGGUUGGCGGGACGACAUGAUUCAACGCCAUCUCCCUCAGUAUGAGGCCAGUAUAAAGGGCAUUGUUACCAGUUCAACCUCACACCAGGACAGGAGAAUAUGGCUCUAUGACAAGACAGGAGAGUAUACGACUAAAUCGGGGUAUAACCUAGCAAUUACGGCUAAAACGGCGCACCAGGAUCACCCAUUGGAUUGGCAGAAAUGCAUUUGGUCACUCAAGACUUCUCCCAAGAUAAAAGAUUUUCUCUGGCGUGUUGCAAGGAAAGCCAUUCCAGUUAGUGCUAAUCUAGCUACUCGGGGCUUUCCUACAUUCCCAUGUAAACUCUGCGGUGGUAUAGAAGACGACCUCCACACCUUCCUCCUAUGUCCUGUGGCCCAGGAGGUGUGGACGUUGGCUCCUCUCACUCCGCAACCUCAGGUGUUAAUACCUUCCAUUUAUCACAUCAUCAAGGCGGGAGCUCAGUUUAUUCCUCUACCUCCUAUUGGUCUUACUUACCCUUUAUGGCCUUGGAUACUUUGGCGACUUUGGAAGGCGAGAAACGGAUUGGUUUUUGAAAACAGAACCACGACCGCGCAGGAGAUCCUAUCUAUGGCGAUCAAGGACGCAAAAGAAUGGCAAGAUGCUCAAGGGAUUAGUGCACAAAAGACAACCACGAGUAGCAAUAGGCUUCCUGUCUUACCCUCUUUUGAAAAUGAGAGCCUGGUUUGUUUUGUUGAUGCUGCUUGGGAUCCUGCUACUGGAUGUUGUGGAAUUGCAGGUGUUUUCAAAGGACAGACGCAAGAGAAACACCCUGACUUCAAGGAGGCAUGAAGGCACGUCGACUCGGCUCUUACGGCGGAAGCCUUAGCGGUGCGGAAGGCAGUGAUGGAAGCCUACAUUUCUAACGCUGCGUCGCUCCUGGUGUUAUCGGACUCUCAAGUCCUGGUUAAGAUCAUUCAGACUAGGAGCUCAAGAAAGGAGCUAAACAACAUUCUCUCAGAUAUUUGGCAUUUUAGCAGUCGUCUUACUGCUUGCUCGUUUUUACACAUUCCUCGCUUAUGUAAUGUAGAGGCUGAUUCAGUGGCAAAGUCAGUUCUCGUUUCUGUAAACUCAACCUCCCCACGAGGAGGCUAAACCU